AUGUCAGUCACUAUGUCAAAUCGGCCUAAAUCACAAAUGAAUAUUUUGGAUAAACGUAUACCACGAAAUCCGAAAUAUGCGAAUGUUCAAUCAACCAUUGAUACAGGAGAUAGUCUUACGAAAUUUCUUAAACGAAAUGAAGAUUUACGAGCAUCAAAGAAACAACAAACAGGAGAAAUAUUUAAACGAAUGAAAGUAUCAACACUUAUUCAAUUGAUCAUUCAAGUUGCUGAUAUAAAUUCAGGCGAAAAUCUUAAAAAUGAUGAAGAUGAUCCAAGCGCAUCCCAACGAACGCUAACUGCUGAUACCGAUCGGCCACAAACGCAAGAUAGCGUGCGAAGUAUUGCUUCGUCGCGAUCAACUUUACAAAGUGUUAUUCGCGGUGUUGGUGAAAUGGAUGCUUACAAUAAUUAUAAAAAUUCUUAUACAAAUACACCACAGACUCCAACUAGUGAACAAAUCGAUUUAGCAUAUAAAGAAUGUCCAUAUCUAAUUGUUGAUCUUCGAGAUAAAGAUGAGUUUAAUACUAAUCAUAUCGUUUCAGCUCAUCAUUAUCCAGCUCCUAUGCUUUCACGUUGUACAAACAAUGAAUCAAAAGAGUUGCUUAUUUAUGUAAAUCUUGUUUUUUAUUUAUCAAAGAAUAUUUAA